GCGUGGAAUGCGGCGAGGUAAUUCACGAUACUGUGAUAAAUGAAGGGGAAAGGAGACCACGGGUAGCCGUGAUUUCGCGCGGCGUAGGCGGGCGCGCUGCAUUCUCCUGCCCGGCUGGCUGGGCCCUUACUGGACCAUCGGAGACCGUGUGUCUUCCUGCUGCUGAUUGGGCUAGACCAUUCCCUGUUUGUAGAGAGGUAUCCUGCCCAGCGUUACCACCGCCCGCUUCAGGCUACGUGCUGGGUAGAACCCCAUAUCGUGCUGGCGACGUACUGCAGUUCCACUGCAAUCCUGAACAUACGCUGCACGGAAGACCUAUACUUGUCUGCCAGGACAGUGGUCGGUGGAGUGACAAACCUCCUACUUGUGCCCAAGCCUGUACUUACCCUGGUACCACGAUAUCCGGCCGCAUGUCAUCGGUGAAGUUUUACUACAAGAUCGGAGAGACGAUCACGUUCACCUGCGAACCAGGAUACAAACUGAAGGGAGCUCCAAUGUUGAGGUGUCUGAAGUAAGUAAAAGUAAAUAGA